GCCAUUGUCUUUUUCUUCAUCUUAGAAAGUUUAAAGGGAGAAUCGUCACCUACCGGAGCUAUUGCAGGUGGAAGCUUGGUGACCAUCCUUUUCAUCUUAGUGGUAAUCGUUGUUACCCUCAUCCUAUUCAGAAGGCGUCGUGCGGCUAAACCUGUCCUACCCGAUAAUGAAAAUGAAAUGGAUAACUAUGCCACGGUUGCAAACUGCUACGAAGAUAGCAAACCAGCAGACAGUUCUCCUGGCGAACCAUAUUAUCUAACAGUUGAAGCAGACAGUACUCCUGGCGAACCAUGUUGUCUAACACUUGAAGCAGACAUCGAUCAAAAUGACGGAUUUGGGAUUUUUGUCAUCAAAGAUUCAAAUGGUUGGAAUGAAACUGAUACCGGGGUUGGUUUCGUGGAUAAUGUUUUAUAUGGAACAAGUGAUGAACAAAUUCCAAAACUUGGUAAUCCCACGAGCGGUGCUCCCGAAACUGAUGAGGACGGUUAUGAAGGUUAUGAAGAUAAAGAGAUUGUGGUUGACAACGAGCUUUAUAAUGCACCAUCCCGGACAACUCCAGGUUACAAGCUCGAAACGUUGGAUGAUAAAGGGAAUGACGUUUAUGAAAACCCUGAUGAAAACGUAUAUACAGAGUUUACAGAUGACGAAAUAUUGAUCGACAACGAGCUUUACGGUGCUCCAUCCCCGAUAGCUCCUCGUGUUCACAAGCUCGGUGCGGUGGUUGAUGAAGGAAAGGACCCCGUUUAUGAAAACCCAGACGGGAACGUCUAUGAAACUUAUGUGGAAGAAGACGCAAUGAUCGACAACGAACUCUACGGUGCAGCGACCCCGCCUACUUCCCGUGCUGAUAAUACGAACGAUCCGGUGGUUGGCGAUGGGGGUGGUGAGAUGUAUCAAAACACCGAAUUCCAUUCAGUGCCAACUAACUUGAUAGCGAAUGAACUUUACAAAAGCGUAGAUGAAAUUUAAUUGACUUCAGUAAUUUACAUUGUACAUAUUUUAUCAUUCGAACCACGAUGUAUUAUAGGCAAUAUUAUAAUAACAUAGUCCUUAAUCUGUAGGCCUAGAGUGCAUCAAUCUUUCUAAAACAGUUUGAAAGAAAACAUUGGGAAAUGUUCCAAACUUCACUAAUGCUAAAUUAUACAGAUUUCAAGGGUUUGAUAUAAUUUCCCAUGAAUUUGAAUCUAGUAAUUGAAGCGAUUAUAUAUCAUUCGUUGAACAAGUGUAAUUUGUAAAAAGUGUAAAAAGUGUAAUUCGAAGAAGGGUCAACAAUUUUUGUUUUCUGGUCCCACUAUUUGGAAUAGUCUACCAUUAAGCAUUCGUUCCUCCACCUCAGUCGCAUCAUUUAAGAGAAAUCUAAAAACUCAUUUGUUUUCUUUGUAAUUGUUUUUUUAGAGUGUUAUGCACUU